GAUGGUUAAAAGAGUCUGCUUAUCUGCGGGACAGUCUUAAGAAAUUCAGUAUGGCGGCUUUUCCACCGCUUGCAAGUAUUGCAGGCAGCCAUGCUGGAAUAUAUGAAGCUUACUUUCUUCAGGCUGAUCCUAAGGGCACUGGUAGUGUUGGAGCUUAUGAUGCUGCGAAAUUCAUGAAAAAAUCUGGUUUGAAUGAUACAGUUUUGUCAAAGAUUUGGGACCUGUCUGAUCCAACAGGAAAAGGAUAUCUAGAAAAAGUUGGAUUUUUUGUUGGACUAAAAUACAUAGCCUUAGCUCAGAAUGGUCAUGAUUUAACACCUGCUGGUUUGAUUGUUGAAACACCACCACCUAAUUUGGGCCCUGUUGAACCAGUGAUACCUCAAGCAUCUACAACAGAACAGUGGGAUAUCAAGCCAGCAGAGAAGAUGAAUUAUGAUAAAGUAUUUGAUAGUUUACAACCAGUCAAUGGAUUAUUAUCUGGUGAUAAAGUCAAACCUGUGUUAUUGAAUUCCAAAUUACCUACAGAAUUAUUGGGUAAAAUUUGGGAUUUAAGUGAUUGUGAUAAAGAUGGUUAUCUUGAUAGAGAUGAAUUCGCUGUGGCUAUGAGUUUAGUAUAUAGAGCUCGUGAAAACAAUCCCCUACCAGGCACUCUACCUACUACUAUGAUACCACCAUCAAAACGUAAUAAAGGUAGUCAGUUAGCUGGAGCAGUACCUGUUUUACCAGGAGGUCUUCCUUCAUCAACUAGUGCUGUACCACCAGUACCUACAGCUGUCAAGCCAUGGGUUGUUUCAGCAGCAGAAAAACUGAAUUAUGAUGCCAUGUUUAAAAGGCUUGAUACAGAUUUUGAUGGUUUAGUAUCUGGUGCAGAGAUAAGAGAUACCUUUGUAAAGACUGGUUUAAAUAAUACAGUUUUAGCUCAUAUAUGGAGUUUAUGUGAUAUGGGAGGUGUAGGAAAGCUGAAUUCAGAACAGUUUGCUCUAGCUAUGUUUUUAGUACAACAGAAAUUAAAGGGUAUUGAACCACCUAGUCAGUUAACACCAGAAAUGAUACCACCAUCUGCUAGACCUACAAGUACAGCCGAUCCUGCUGCUUUUGGUGUAAAAAGUUUCACACUAAGCAAUCUUCAAACAUAUAUAGAAAUAGACAGAGAAAUUCCUAGUUUCUUACUGAUUUUUUCUUCAACAUAUAAUAAUCCCACCACCAAGGUAUGUGAUAUUAAACUUAAAGAUAUAGUGAUACUUACAGUCAUUGAUCUAAUAGUCAAUGGAUUGAUUACCAUAGAGAGUCUCUUCCAUAUUGUUACGGAUUUUUCUUCACUUCUACAAAUAUGUAAUAUUUAA